AUGGAGCAGCGGGAUUCGCUUGAGCACUCCUCUUCUGAGAAUCUUGCCCUACAAUCUACGCUGAAUGGAUCUGGAUACAAUGGUGGAAUUGAGGUGCCGACCAGCGGACAGACAACGCUUGCGCCACAGCCCACCCUUCCUAACAAUGAGUCCUCCCCCGUCGUGGAUAGCGUUCUACAGUCUGAUAUUGGCAUCAACACUCUGCUCGCCCGUCUAAAGCAGAGCGUUGCAUCGGCAAGGGAAUUUGCAGGUUUCUUGAAGAAGAGAUCUACUCUCGAGGAGGAACAAGCGCAGGGCCUCAAAAAGCUGUGCAGGAGUAGCCACGAGUCGGUAAAGCGACCCGACAACAGACAAGGCUCUUACGCCCAGAACUACGAUGAGAUUCUCGGCAUCCAUGACCGCAUGGCAGACAAUGGUGUUCAAUUUGCGCUGUCCCUCCACCAAAUGCAUGAGGAUCUCCAUGAUCUGGCCGCAAAUAUGGAGCGCGGUCGUAAGCAUUGGAAGCAGAACGGCUUGAGCGCAGAGAAGAGGGUGCAAGACUCUGAGUCAUUGAUGGAGAAGGCUAAAUCCAAAUAUGACUCGCUGGCUGAAGACUAUGACCGCACUCGAACAGGCGACAAGCAAUCCGGGCGAGUCUUUGGACUGAAAGGGCCGAAGUCUGCAGCCCAGCACGAAGAGGAUCUGCUCAGAAAACUCCAGCAGGCCGACUCUGAUUAUUCGUCUAAAGUGCAGAGCGCAAAGAACCAGCGACAGGAGCUGGUCAGCACCCUUCGUCCUCAAGCUGUCCGGGCGCUUCGAGACCUAAUAAAUGAGUGCGACUCUGGCUUGACCCUCCAAUUGCAGAAGUUUGCUUCAUUCAACGAGAGACUUCUCUUAAGUAACGGACUCUGCGUUAGCCCACUCAAGGGCCAGAGCAAUGAUCUGGGUUCGCGGAGUCUACGCGAUGUCGUUUUCCAAAUCGAUAAUGCAAGGGAUCUAAAUAACUACGUGUCUAGCUUCGCUUCCAAGGUUGGCAACUUAGGGGAAAUCAAAUACGAGCGUCACCCAACACUCACGUCUCCACAACAGACCCCAUCUCCUAUCAAUACUCGUACACAACCCAUGCCAAGUCAACAAACUUCAACAUUCAGCUCUUCGGGACAGACAAGUCAGCCGGGGUUUCUGCAAGGUCAGAGCUUUUCCCAGGCCUCGGCACCGCCGUCAGCUCCAUCUGGAUCUGUUUCGAAUACUGUGCCUCAGAAUGGCAUGAAUCGCUCACCGCAAGAUCAAAAUUUCCCAUCAAUGGGUGCUGGCGGUCCCUCGCAACUCCCUUCAGCUCAGACGGCUGCACCAUUAUACUCGCAGCCUCCGACACCCAUCGGCAUGGGAGCAUUACAGAACAACAAUUCCAGUACCAGCCUUCCUGCUUUGAGGCCGGUUUUUGGUCUUUCGCUUGAAGACUUGCUUAAACGAGACGGCUCCGCUAUACCAUUUGUAGUCUACCAGUGCAUCCAGGCUGUUGAUCUAUAUGGCUUAGAAGUCGAGGGAAUAUACCGACUUUCUGGUUCUUCCGCGCACGUUUCAAAGCUCCGAUCAAUAUUUGACAACGACUCAAACCAGCUGGACUUCCGCAACCCGGAAGCGUUCUACCACGACGUCAAUAGCGUCGCUGGCUUACUAAAGCAAUUUUUCCGAGACCUGCCCGAUCCCUUGCUGACACGCGAGCAUUACCAAGGGUUCAUUGAAGCCGCACGCAUCGAUGAUGAUAUAACCCGCCGCGAUUCAAUGCACGCUAUCAUCAACAGUCUACCAGACCCAAAUUAUGCUACUCUUCGAGCUUUGACGUUGCAUUUGAAUCGAGUACAGGAGCACUCUGCCGUAAAUCGAAUGAAUGCUGGAAACCUGGCCAUUAUAUUCGGGCCAACACUUAUGGGCACAGGCCCGAAUGUGGCGGAUGCUGGAUGGCAAGUUCGGGUCAUCGACACAAUCUUGCAGAAUACCUAUCAGAUCUUCGACGACGAUUGA